GAAGUCUCAGUGUAUUUGUUCCAUUGUUUGUCUCGAGACGCAAACUCAUUAAACCGAACAAUUACAUUGUCGUACGAAUAAAAAGCGAGAUCUCAGUCUGACGUGUUGCUGAUAACCCGAAUCGACAACGUUAUCAUUCCCCACUCUGUAUACGUGUUGAUUUAUAAUUUAAAAAAAGUAAAUGUUAUUACGAGCACUUGCCGAUAAUGAGAGAAAUUGAAUGUCAGAUAAAGCGUUUACGAUUACAUCGAUGGUCCUUUUUAGUGGCGAGAUGAAAGACGACAAAGAUCAACUAACCUUCGUUCUCAAAGGUGGUAUGGAAGAUGAGAGGUUCGUGACCCAAGCAGCCUUACACGUUCAGCGCCCUGUGUACCAGACGGAAGAGCUCAACGAGGUGACCACCUAUCAGUACAGAACGCCGGAUCUUAGAAGGACGGUGCAGAAGAAGUUCGCCUCGUGCAAGGCGAAAUCGUGCAUUUUCAAUACUGUUCCGAUUUUGAAAUGGUUGCCUCGCUACAAUUGGCGGAAGAACAUCGCGGGAGAUUUGGCGAGUGGACUUACCAUAGCGAUCAUGCAUAUACCACAGGGGAUGGCCUACGCUCUCUUGGGCAACCUGCCACCAAUCACCGGUCUAUACAUGGCGUUCUUUCCGGUCUUGGUCUACGUCCUGUUCGGCACCUCCAGGCAUGUCUCAAUGGGUACGUUCGCUGUGGUCUGCCUAAUGACUGGAAAGGUAGUCUCGGAAUACUCCAACGAUGGCACCAGCGCCAAUGCGACGGACUUCAACGAAGACUUUUAUUACACUCCAAUGCAGGUCGCAACCACUGUAACCUUCACCGUGGCAGCAUUUCAGAUGUUGAUGUACAUAUUUAGAUUAGGAAUCGUCACCACGUUGCUGUCCGAAACUUUGGUGAACGCAUUCACGUGCGCCUCCGCCUUCCACGUCGCCACCUCGCAGCUGAAGGACCUCUUCGGUCUCGUCUUGCCGAAACGCAAGGGAAUAUUCGCCUUAGUUUUCACAAUUUAUGAUGUUGCCCGUUCACUCCCCGAUGCAAAAGUGGCCGCCAUUGUUAUAUCGUGCGUUUUUAUCACCGUCAUGGUCAUCAACAACGAAAUCCUGAAGCCACUGCUCGCGAAAAAGACGAAGAUUCCGUUCCCGAUUGAAUUAGCUGCCGUCGUCAUCGGCACCGGCCUCUCCUACGGGUUUCACAUGAAGGAGAACUACGGACUAAACGUCGUUGGAAAUGUGCCAACGGGGCUACCGCUUCCGGACCUUCCAUCGAUUUCUUUGGUGCCAACGAUAGCCAUGGAGGCGUUUAUUAUAACGAUGGUCUCGUAUACCAUCACGAUGUCGAUGGCGCUGAUCGUCGCCCAGAAGGCGCGUUACGAAGUUGAUGCCAACCAGGAGCUGCUGGCGCUCAGUUUCAGCAAUUUCUUCGGCUCGUUCUUCUCGUGCAUGCCAAUUACCGCCUCACUUUCGCGGACCAUGAUCCAGCAGACGGUUGGAGGUGUAACGCAGCUGGCCUCGGUGGUGUCGUGCGUGAUCAUCCUCGCCGUGUUGCUCUGGAUUGGCCCGGUCUUCGAAAGCCUGCCCAGGUGCGUUUUGGCGAGCAUUAUCGUGGUCGCACUCAAGUCGAUGCUAAUCCAGUUCGUCUCGCUGAAGAAGUACUGGGCGUUGAGUAAGUGGGACGCGACGGUUUGGAUAGUAACAUUUUUCACCACCACCAUUAUCAGUAUUGACUACGGCUUACUGGCUGGGAUUCUCAUAUCGCUCUUCAGCAUCUUCAUCCAGGCACAGAAACCGUACUCGUGCCUGCUGGGGGUAGUGCCGAACACCGAUCUCUACCUGGACGUCAAGCACUACAAGGGGAUUCAGGAGAUGAGCGGAAUUAAGAUUUUCCAUUACAGCGGCAGCUUAAACUUCGCCUCCAAUGGCGCGUUCAAGUCGAUGCUGUUCAAGCGGACCGGCUUCGAUCCCAUGAAGUUACUCACGGCGAAAAAGAAAGACCUGGAGCUCACCCAGGACUCCCUUACCAGGUCAGAGGGCGAGGAGCUACUGACCAGAUGCAUUAUACUCGACUUCGCCGCUUUGACAUACAUCGAUCCGUCGGGCGUCGAAACUUUGCGAUCACUCAUCGAACAAUACCGACAGAUUGACGUCGCGAUGUAUAUCUGCUCGUGUUCGGAAAGCGUCUUUGAAACGUUAAAGAAGUGCGACAGUUACGACGGGAAGAGUUGUCGAUUCGUGAUAUUUCCGACAAUACACGACGCCGUGCUGUUUAGCCAAUCGUGUUCGAAGCAGAAAGACGGCUGUAACACGUGACGUUGCCUUAGCCAAAGAAUAAAUGAUAUUAUUUAUUUUGUGUAAAUUAUGCAAACCUGUUAGAACAUUUUUCAUUGAUGUUUGUUAAUAAAUUGUUUAUUUUUACUGUUAAA